CCGCUCGGGAAAACGAUGACGUGAUGGUCAGCGCCGUGAGAAAGUGGGUGCAUUGUGCAAUGUAGCGGAGCUGCGCUCACACAGACCAUCCGGAGCCGGAGCCAAGACCAGAGCCGGGGCCAGAGCCGGGGGGCAUGUCUGCUGCCCCCUCCCUCCCUCUCUCCCUCCCUCCUCCCCCUCACAGCACAGAGCAGCACAGCACACAGCGAGGGAAGAGCAACCCCGAGACCAGUGUGUAAAUGAGUAUGGAAGAUUAUGACUACCUAUUUAAAAUUGUCUUGAUUGGAAAUGCUGGUGUGGGAAAAACCUGUUUAGUACGAAGAUUUACUCAGGGGCUAUUCCCACCUGGUCAAGGUGCUACAAUUGGAGUUGAUUUUAUGAUUAAAACUGUUGAUCUAAAUGGCGAAAAAGUGAAGCUCCAGAUCUGGGAUACAGCCGGACAAGAAAGAUUUAGAUCCAUCACACAGAGCUACUACCGCAGUGCAAAUGCCCUAAUAUUGACAUAUGACAUUACCUGUGAAGAAUCCUUCCGCUGUCUUCCUGAAUGGCUGAGGGAGAUAGAACAAUAUGCUAGCAAUAAAGUUAUCACUGUUUUAGUAGGUAACAAGAUUGAUUUAGCAGAGAAACGAGAAGUUCCCAGGGAAAGGGCUGAAGAGUUUUCAGAGUCUCAGGACAUGCAUUACAUGGAGACUUCAGCGAAAGAGUCGGACAACGUUGAAAAACUGUUCCUUGACCUUGCAUGUCAGUUGAUCGGUGAGGCAAAACACACGCUGGUCAAUAACGUAGCAUCUCCUUUGCCCGGCGAAGGGAGAAACAUCAGCUACUUGAACUGCUGCAAUUAGAUCAGAUGUGAACUAGCCACUGAACUAAGCUGACACACUGCAGUGAUUUUGUGAUGGAGAAAAAAAAAUCCUGCAAUUCUUACCUUAUUGACCAAAGCCUGAGGUGAUUUGUGGGCUUCAGCAUGGCGGGCUGAUGUUUAAGCAAAUACAAGCAUUUAUGCUCCAAAUUGCCUAAGCAAAAAGUAACACUACAAGAUCUAGAAGUGUUAACGAUUUAACUCCAUCAUUACAACUUUACUGUGCUUUGAAGUAGCUGCACCGAACGCUUCUUUGAUACAUGAAGUGUGUCAUUGUGCUGAUGCUUAAACAAUGAAGGCUGGCAUUAAUAGUUAACUAGAAAGCGUAACUCCAAGAUGUGCAAGAACAUAUUUGCAGUGUUUCUGUCCAGGUCUUGAUGGUUCCAUGUGUUGGGUUUUUAUUUGCUCGUUUUACUUUAAGAAUUGUGGCACAUUGCUGAUCAUACAUUUUGAUUUCAGCAUUGCAUGUUUUUUCAGAAAACGACUCCCACCAUUAAACCAGCCCCUAAUGGUAAUCAGAAAUCCAGCUUUCUUCUGUUUUUCUCCAUGGUGAUUUUCAUCACUAGAAUUUAAACAAGGAACUCAGCCACUAUUUUGUCUCGCUUAAAAUGUUACUGAAUGAACCACUUACUGUAUUGCACUAUAUAGCAGCUGCGGUGUUUUAUCAUAUUUAAACAGCUAAGUCCAUGGUGUUUAAUUCACGUUCUCUAAGUGUUGUCUUAAGGUCUGCCUUUUUUCCCUCCUCCGAUUGCUAUUUCUCCUCACAAGCCCNUUUUUUAGAAAUGUUGGACUAUGAGUAUGGUUCCACAGAUGGUAGUGCCCUCCAUUAUUUUGGUUAAGUGAACAUUCUGCACAUGGUAAGUGUCAGCAGAUUAGGCCAACAAUCUUGAGGGGGGAGAGAGAGGAUCUUUGUGCCAUAAUACAAGUCCAAAUCUUAGCGAAAAUCCACACAUGUAGUGUGUUGCCAGUGGGAAUCACUGCAAAGCAACCAGUAGUUUUAACCCAAGCUGAUCUGUUUCCUUUCCCCAGAUGAGAUAUUGAGGCAUUAGUUCAUUCAGUCACUGCUGUGGAUGCUGAUGCUUAAAAACUUUGUUCAGUAACCUGUGUUAACAUAAAAUUACAUAAUCACAUACAUACCAUGGAAGUUUAGUUAGUAGAACAAUGUGAGUAUGUGCAAGAGGGGGAGAGAAAGAAACAGCUUCAUCAUAACUGUUUAGUAAUAUGGUACCAGCCGCCAGCAUUCUCAUCUGCUGUUCUUAGAUGAAUGUGAUACAUGACUGAAAAGACUACAGGAACACAUACCGGAAACUGCACAAUUAUGUUCACUAAACAGGAAUACCUGUAGGCGUACUAAUAGAUGUGUGAUCUACAGGAGCAUUCCUAACAGGUUAAAAUAAAUUAUAAUAGAAACAUUUAAAUACACUAUUGUUCUGUAGCUUUUAUAUGCAGUUCUAAGAAGAAUUGAACAGUAAAUUUAAUCAUUUUAAUUCUGUUGGCAAGGUUGCAGCCCCCACUUCAAGUAUGUUAAUGUGAAGACAUAUUUACUCUAACUGUGCAAUUCACUAUUCAUAGGCCCAGAUGAGUGUGAACCCGUCUGGCCUUUGCAUUAAUCCUUUUCACCUAUUUUGUUUUAUUUCUACAAUCCUCUUGAUUUUAUUUUCAUCUCCUGUACUUGGCUCCCAGCUAUCUCUUCUAAGUUAUACUCUAGAUUGUGAUGCACAACAGAAUUAUGUAGAAUGAGGGGAGGAUGGAAUGGUGGUACUGAUCAUUCAAAGUAUUUCAUGGACUUGUUCAUUUUCAAAUCAUCAUGAUGUUUGUGGGGAGAACGAAGGAAGUGGAAAUAUGGAGAGAAAUUCAUUAGCCAGUUGUAGCGAAUUUGUUUGCUAAAUUGCAUAAGGAAAUUGAGGACAAUUGUUAAAUAGGCUUUCCUUCAAUUCAAAUGUGCCGUUUGGGAGCCUUAGUCUUUGUGCUCUUUGGGUUAACGUAAUAAGCAAUUAUUCUAAUAUUGAUUGAUUCCCAUAAGCAAAUUUAAUUAAACUACUUUCCCUAUUAACUCAGUCUAUAUUCCUGUUACACCAGCAAUGUUUUAUAUCAUACUGGGUUAGAGUAUUGUAGUUCUUUCCUUGUUUUUCUUCAAGUCUGAUUAUUGUAAACCACUUAGUAUAAAAGAGUACACAAUGCCUUUUGUAGCUUAACAAAUAAGCAGUUCAUCUCUUUCCCUCUCCUGCUUCUCCCAACAACCACCUCAUGGACCAUCAGCAAGAAAUUAUUUCCUGUGAAUACUGAUACUGAUUAGAAAGCAAUUUUCAGUAUUUUAUUAAAAUAUAUAAUCUUGUUUUUUAUAUAUAUAUAUUGAUAGUGAAGCAGUUGCCACCAUCGUCUUCAAAGGGUUUGUGUUGCCAGAAUAUCCCAUUUAAAAAAUAAACAGCUGAGUGGAAUUCACUUUGACAAUUUGGAGGGAUUUUGCAUUAAAUUUAAUUAACUUUAAUGUGUCACUUCAAAAAAAUCUUGCUUUUAAAUCUAUUUUUAAGAAUGUAAAUUUUAUUUAAACUGUACCAAAGGUUUUCACCUUGUAUUGCAUUCCAUUAUUAAAUCAUAUUAAAACAUUACAAAGGAAUGGAGAACUAUGAGAUUACUAAUUCUUUAGGCUGGUUAAUAUUUUCCUUUGUGGGUAGUAGAAUGGAUACCUCAGAGAAAAGUAGCAGCCAUUCUAAUGUAGCUGUUGUGUGUCUUACAAUAGAAUGGUUUUACAGGCCCUAGUGGGUAAACUUGCACACAUUAGUGCUUACAAUGGGAUUUCUCUGUUCUCAACACAUCCCAGCAAAGUCGGAAAUUUUACCACUAGUGUAAUUUCAUUCUCGCUAGUAUUUUGACUAAAGAAAAACUGAAGCCCAACAAUUUGUAUUUAUAUCUCCCAGUUUUCUUUAGGGGAACAUAUGUCACCCACAAUUGCUCUGUCCAAGAGAUUAGGGUGGAUGCCCUUUAUUGUUCUGACCAGUGCUAUUUGUACCUGGCCGUUAAGAGUCCUUUGAUUAUUCAUUUGCUGAGAAAAAAUGCCUGAAUCUAACACCACUAAGUGGAGGUGUUUCAGUAACACCACUAAGUUGAGGUGUCCACUGGGACCAAACAAAUGAAAUGCAGAUUUCAAGAGAAAAAAUAGGAAUGAAUUUUAAACUAUUAAACAAUAAUCUUUUGCACCAUCUAAUCUAUUGUUUGGGAUCAUUACCGGAUGCAAAAACCUAUAACCUUUAUGCCCUUUUAAAACUACAAUCCCUUUGAUUAUAUUUACACAAGAGCCUCCAUGAUUAAUGAAUCAUUUCUGCACUGUAGGAAAGUGGAGAGAUUACUUCAUUGGUGCAGUAAAAAUAAUUCACUAAACUGCUUGGAAAAUUUCAAUAUAUCUACAUUGUUAAUGAGGAGAAUGUUAAAUCAUUCCGGUCGAGAUUUCCAAUCUUAUCUGACUUUAUGUUGCUCUAGAUAUUGCUGCAGAGUAUUAUGUUCAUUGAUGCAUUACUACUCCAGCCAUUUCUAACAAGUAAUUCCCAAGGAUUUUUCAUUCCAGAAAUCAUUCUAAUUUAUAAUUGUUAUUGCAUUUUGCUUUCUGGAUUCCUUCUUGAAACCUUUUGAUAAAUGUGAGUCAGCUUGUGAUGCUCUUGAUUAUUUCUCACAGAGGUGUCGAAUAAUUUUACAAAAAUGUUCUUUUCAGCAAGGGAUUAAGUAUUUAUUUCUAUAAAGAAAAAAAACUCUUUGGGUUAAGAAAAAAGAUGCCUAAAAUGCAGUUGACUCGUGCUUUUUCCCUUUUCCCAAUCAGAUUGCUUUUCUUCCACCUUCAUGUUUCACUCUACUAUUAUCUGAUAAGUGUGCCUAAAAGGAAUAUGUGCACAUUUGUCUGUGUAUGAGAGAGAGGAAGAUUUAGGUUUCCUUUUUUUAAUUCCGUUCCAUCCCUAAGGUGUCGUACUCCGCUACUAGCAAUGGUUUAAAUCCAGUCAUGGGUGGCAAGAGAUUAAAAAAAACCUCUUUCUCCCUCCCUGCCCAACGUCUAUUGUAGAGGAUAUUAAAGAAUAUUUUUUUAUUGAUAAAUUGCUUCCCUGCUGACCAUUUUCAGUUUUGGUAACAAUUGUAACUUUUUUUAUGCUCAGAUUUUACAGUGAGAGUUUAACACCAUUUCUUGGAAAGUAUUUUCAUGGCACUGUAAUUGCCACCUUAGGUUUAGUAUUGAUACAGAAGUAAGGGGGCAAAGUAUUUUAAAAACAAACCAUUCUUGACUGCACAAAUGAAAACUGUGGUAUCCGGAAUGUACAGAUUACACAUGCAUGUUGCACUAAUAUACUCUGGGAUGUGUCCUGUAUUCAUAUUUUAGUAGUUUUGUUCAUAUGAUUCAAAGUUUUAUACAAGUUUUUUUAUAUGUGGAUUUCUUCCUCAAUUUUGCAAUUAUUUUAGCUGAAGAAAUAAAUGGUUGUUCAGUGUCAUGAAUUUUAUCUUCCGCUCCCGUAUGCGAUAGGCGCUAAAACAAAUGUACUCAUCUUAAAAAUGCUGCUGUCCAUAAUAAUCUAGAUUACUUUGGAAAAUAGCAUUACUUUCUGUUCGAGACUCACAUUUUCACUCUCUCUCUCAUCUGCUUACUUUACUCAGGAUAUUGUGUAAUUUACUUAAAAUGUUAAUAUCUGCUCCUUUAUCUGAUGUCUAUGAAUCAAAGGAGAGAUUGCUGACCUCUAAUUUGGAAAUAUAAACAUUCAACAUGUCAUAAUGCAGUCUUCCGUACAUUGGCGAAGGGAAGUCUUAAUUCGAUUUCAUAUUCAACACUAAAACCCAAAUGUUUUCCAGCAGCAGAUUAAACAAAAGACUAAUGCUUCUAUAACACUACUUUUACCUGAAAAAUACAGACACUGGUAUCCAUGCACACGAUUACAAUAGCUGCCCAUGACACUACAAGGGGAGGGUUGGGAAGGCUUUGUGUCUGUUCUCCAAGAUCUGGAGAGUUACAAAUUACUGGCGUGAUGUACUGCUGAUGAUUUGUUUUUACUGAUUUGAAGAAAAGGUCCCGAUCCUUUCGAUCAGAAAAUAGAAUCACGGUAGAGGAGGGAGGAGGCUGCUUGAUUUUUCUUUUUUUUAACAAAAUGAGUGGAUGUUAUUGCUGGCUGGAGUUGAAUUGCAAAGUAAAAUCCUUGGCCCCUGGCAAGUAGCCACACUUACAUCAACGUUUCCAACACUGAGCUGCCACACCAGCAUUUCUACAAACUUGUGGCACCUGCACAAAGCUCUGGAACUUCUGCUGUGAUUGCAGCGCAAUUCUAGCAUUGUAGCUGCUGAAUUGACCAUGAUGUGGGUACAUAUAUGUGGAAUAUACAUUGUGAGUGGAUUGUAAGAAUCCCCAGGCUGUGAAUAACUUCAAGGAAUACUUUAAAUGUUUUUUUUUCUCUCUCAUGUAAUUAAUGAUGCUGUGAUUUUACAAUGAAAGAAGUCUAUUUAGUCUAUUUUAGUCUGGUGAAGAGUUUAAAACUGGUUUGAUAAAAGUAAUUUGAACAGAAUGUGAGCCCUGCGUUGAAAUGAAAUUGUUUUGCCAGACUUGCAGUCUUUUUUAGACAAACUAAUUGUGAACGUGUAUCAAUAUUUUGCGUGAGGUAUCACGAAGGUCCAGUUUAUGUGCGACUUCACAUGCAUAUAGAUAUGACUGUCAGAUCCUGCAGCUCGGGGAUCCUUAUUGUUGUUGCACUUCAUGAAGUACAUUAUGUUUGCAGUUAUUAAACAGAGGGUGUUGUCA